UCGUAUAAUUGUAAUUAUUUACAGCAAGAGCGUUGUUCACAGCGCAAAAGUCUAUAAUACCCACAACGUUAUAUCAUUAUCCUCUUUCUCUUCGCCUCUUGAUUUUAGCUUCCGCAAGCAAACCCUAACCCUAAACUUUCUUUUCUCUCCACUCUUCAUCUCUUUUUUCCUCUCAAUCGCGAUAAUGUCUCACUUCGGAAGGUCAGGCCCGCCCGACAUCACCGACACCUACUCCCUUCUCGUCCUCAACAUUACCUUCCGCACGACUGCUGAUGAUUUGUUUCCGCUCUUCGACAAGUACGGGAAGGUCGUCGACAUCUUCAUUCCCAAAGAUCGAAGGACUGGUGAUUCUCGAGGCUUUGCAUUUGUGCGCUACAAGUAUGCCGAUGAGGCUCAGAAAGCUGUAGAUAGGCUCGAUGGGAGAGUUGUUGAUGGUCGGGAGAUAACUGUUCAGUUUGCAAAAUAUGGGCCUAAUGCAGAGAGAAUUCAGAAAGGAAGGAUUAUUGAAUCAUUUCCAAGGUCAAGAAGCCGCAGUCCUCGCAGAAGGCACCGGGAUGACCAUUAUAAAGAUAGGGAUUAUAGAAGAAGUCGAAGUAGAAGUUAUGACAGAUAUGAACGUGAUCGAUAUCGUGGGAAAGACAGAGAUUCUCGGCGUCGAAGCAGGAGCCGUAGUGCUAGUCCUGUCCAUUCUAAAGGCCGAGGAAGAGGUCGUUAUGAUGAUGAUAGGCGAAGUAGAAGUCGAUCAAUGAGUGCUUCUCCUGCUCGGCGUAGCCCUAGUCCUCAGAAGAGUCCUUCCCCACGUAAGACAUCUCCCCCUAGGGGUGAAAGUCCUAGUAGACGGAGCCGUGAUGGACGGUCUCCAAGUCCUCGGAGUGUUUCACCGCAGCGCCGCCCUGCUGAUUCACGGAGCCCAUCUUCUUGAAACUCAUAGAUCAAUGAAUGAUCUUGCUGAUGACAUUGGAAUUCCUGGAGACUUGACUUAGCAUGGUUCCUGUUGCUAUUUUGUUAAUGUUGAGGACAUUCAAAUAUCAUUUGUUUUCUAGUGUUGGUAGGACUGGGUUUUUUGUUGUUUUAUUGACUGCCUGAACCUUUUGUCUCAAUUAGUUAAGUUGUGUAGUUUGUAGCUUGAUGUUUCAGUACUCAUCAAAGAUUCUGUGACGCAAGUCUGUCAUCUUACUUUGCUCCUAUCUUUAGAUGUUAUAUUUUGCUCUGGUUUUUUGUGGUAUUUGUUUCUCUGAUUAA